CUCGCUGCCUCGCCUCUGCGCGCUCUGCGCUUCGUCGUCGACGCCGACAUGGACACAGCCUCCACGUCUGGCAGCAGCCGCGCCGCGCGCGACGCGGCGCAGGCGCCCGCCGCCGCUGUCGCUCCUCGCCCGACGGCCGCGUCCGCCGAGGUCAAGUUCCUCUCGCCGUCGCGCAAGGCAGCCUGGCGCCUGCCCGACACGCUGCAGCGCAUCCAGCUCACUCGUCCGUGGAGCAAGCUCGACGCUCGCUUCACUGCGGUGUUCCGUGCGUACAUCCGAGAGAGCGAGCAGAACAGCAUCGCCGACAUCCGCAUCAGCAACGACGUCGACUUCGAGCCGUGCCCGCCGUGCGACUUCUGCUGGACGGACCGCUACAUCUACACGCCGGGACUGCCGGCUCUACGUCUGCCGGACGGCAUGCAGCGUGGCUGCGACUGCGACGACGACGAGUGCGAGCCGGCGACGUGCGCGUGUCAGACCAUCGGCCGGCAGUUCUAUCCGGAUCAGUAUAAGAUGAUGGAUGCAGAGGAAGCUACGCGCGGGUCUAGAGGGAAGAAGCACUUCUUCGCCUACGACGAGAACGGCCGUCUGCAGGAGCCGUUCAGCACGUUCACCGACAUGCCGAUCUGGGAGUGCAACGAGUACUGCGGCUGCGACCUGAGCGCGUGCCCGAACCGCGUCGUGCAGCGAGGACGCACCGUCGGCCUUGACAUCUUCAAGACGAAGGAGAAGGGCUGGGGUGUGAGGACCAUCGACGCUGUGCCGAAGGGCACCUUCGUCUGUCUCUACUCCGGCGAGCUCAUCACCGUCAAGGAAGAAGAGCUCCGCGGCACGACGUACGAGGCAGCGAGGCUCAACUACCUCCUCGACCUCGACAGCCACCUGACGAGGCUCAAGUGCCACGUCGAGCCGUACGAGAGAGCGCUCGCCGAGAAGCACGGCGAGGCGUGGGUGCGAGAAGAGAAGGCACGAGUGGAGGCGAUGAACGAAGGAGAUGAAGACAUCUGGGCAGACCGAGCCGCAGAAGCGUGCACGCACGACCACGAUCAUCUCGCCGUCGACGGCUGCCUGUGGGGCAACGCCUCGCGCUACUUCAACUCGAGCUGCGACCCGAACAUGGCCAUCUGGCCAGUGUGGCUCUCGUCGCGCGACUUCCGCCACUACCACCCGUCGUUCUUCACCAUCCGUGAUGUCGAGGCAGGCGAGGAGCUCACCUUCAGGUACUCCGGCAAGGACAAGAGCAACAUCAAGAAAGCGACACAGAAGCAGAAGCAGAACGAGGACGCUCGUCGCCUCGCCGACUCCGACGUCGAGGGAGAAGCAGAGCAGGACGAGGCAGCGCAGGACGACGAUGCGCCUGCCGAGCCGGAGCUCGAGCCGAUCUACUGCCGCUGCGGCGCCGCAAACUGCAAGAAGGCGCUGCUCUUCGACGUGGCUGGCCCGCCGCAAGUGCGUGCUGCCAAGCAGAAGCAGCUGCGCAAGGAGCUCCAGCACAUCGAGGCACGCAGCGAGCACGGAGGAGAGGCCGAGUGAGCCUCCUGCUUCGCUCUCCUCCUUCUCCUCUUCCCCUCCUCGCUUCGUCUUGCUUCUUCUCCUACUUCCUCAUUCGCUUCUCCCGUCUUCCUCAUUCGCUUCUCCCUCCUUCAUUCGAUCUCUCUCCGCACUCCGUGUCUCGGAACAUUCUCACACUCACACAUGCGUCACCUCUUCAUCCAUAUCAAUGACCAUCUCAUCACAUUCUUGC